CCGUGUGACGUCAUCACGGCGGGCCACGACGCACGCGAAGUAGAAAGGCGUCGGCCUCAGCGCGUUCCUGCGAGUGCGCUCUGGAUCCUUCGGCGUCUCCUGGCGGCCUUGAGGUCGCCACCCUGGCCGCUCUGGCCCGUCUGGCGUUGGGUGGGCGGCAUAGCUGCGCCCACAUGAACCAGCGGCAUUACGGCCGCAAUGGUCGCGGUCGGAGCCGAGACUUCGCUGGCCGUGCCCCAUCGAAGAAGAAGGGCAGAAACCACGUCCCGGAAAGGUGGAGAGACUAUCUCCCAGUUGGACAGCGGAUGCCUGGGACCCGUUUCAUUGCUUUCAAAGUUCCCUUGCAAAAGAAAUUUGAAGCAGAGCUUAUGCCAGAAGAGUACUUUUCUCCUUUGGAUCUUUUUAAUAAAAUUCAAGAACAAAAUGAAGAACUUGGAUUGAUAAUUGAUUUAACAUAUACUCACCGCUAUUAUAAAGCAGAGGAUUUGCCGGAAACUAUUUCUUACAUAAAAAUUCUUACAGUUGGCCAUCAGGUACCUGAUAAUGGCACUAUUUUUAAGUUCAAGUGUGCAGUUAAAGAGUUUUUAAAGAAAAACAAAGACAAUGACAAACUUAUUGGUGUCCACUGUACCCAUGGCUUAAACAGGACUGGCUACCUCAUUUGCAGAUAUUUGAUUGAUGUAGAAGGCAUGAGGCCAGAUGAUGCAAUUGAAUUAUUCAACAGCUGCCGGGGGCACUGCAUAGAAAGACAGAACUACAUUGAAAACCUGCAGAAUCGUCGUGUCAAAAAGAAGCGGAAUACUAGCACAUCUAAGUCAGGUGAUCUUGAAGACUCAGCAGAUCUUGCCGAAGAAGUCCACAGCACUAAGAAGCCUGUGAACCAAGGACCUCGGAACCAUUGGCCUACUGGUCAUUCAACACCUUCCCGACAUUUUCACACCCAGUCCCAGUACUCCCAGCAAUUGUUCAGAAAACACAACCAGAAUGCUUACCAGAGAGGCCUUAUCCCUCUUCCUGGUCCGGCUGAAGAGUACUAUUUACAGAGAAGAUUCUUCUGGAACGGGAAGCCAAAUGGUAGUCAAGCAACCCAGAAUAAGAAGUGGAUUUCCGGUAGUUACCAGAGGCAGUUCUACCCAGCCUACUGGGGGUGGACCCAGUGAGGCACACGUGGAUGGGCUGUUACAGGGGCCACCUGAAAUCAGAGCUGGACAGAGGACAGCUGAAUUACUUUUAAUAAAAUCAGGUCUAGGCAAUUAAAAAAAAUUUUUAACAUUUUUUUAACUUUUUAAAAUGUUUUAUUAUUCCUUUGUGUGUAUUAAGUUUAAAGAUUUGCUUUACUGAUGGCCGCACAGUGAGAUGAUAGCCUUCUCAUUCUAGGCUCAGCUUUUCUCAAAGGUUUCUGAAUGGGUAAACUAUUAUUAAUUUGCAAAUGUUUUAAUUGCCUUUUAUUUUCCCUGUCUAUUUCCUCUGUCCAUGCCUGUAACUGUGCGUAGGUACAAAGGUUCAUAGUGUCUUACCCUGUUCUGUUACUAACAGUCUUCAGGGUGUCUUUUUAUCCUAACUGUUCAAAUUUCCUACUAAAAAUCUAGCCAGUAGACAAUUUAUUUGGCACCUACUCUCUUUUUACUUGUGGGACUCUGUUCAGAGUUCUUUCCUUGGUGAUCAGGGUCAGAAUUUAACCAACUUCUUACUGAACUGCCAGGUUAACCACCUAACCCAGAGAAGUGUAAAUUUUUAGGGACUGACUGUUAAGUUGGGCAAGAGGAAACUAACCAAUAACCAGAAUGCUGCUUAAAUUAUAAUUUAUCUGGCAGAGUCACUACUACCAAUAGGGUAGAACUGUCCAGAAAGCUUGAAAACCUCUGUAGAUUUUAAAGGUCGAACAGACUAGGACUGAGCAUCCUCCUUGGUUAUCCUGGAAGACAGGGCCGCUGACCGUGCGGCCGUCUGUUCAGGAUUUGUCCAGGGGCCUCCCACACUGCAAUGGUGCUCUUCCUCUGGAACACACUUCAAGCUACUUGGAGGUGCUAAUUACUUCGUGCUCAUCAUGACACAUCAUAGUCCACAGCAAGCGUUUGAUGAAUGCCUGGGCAAUUAAUUUGGCUUCUGUCUUUAAAGUCUCUGAUUUUGAGGAUUUGUAACACUGAUGCCACAUACGGUAGCUAUUUUCUCUGUUGUGUGUGGACAUGUGGAGUGUGACCCUGAGGAAGCUUCAGCAGCUCCUCUAGUCUCGCCUAGUGGUACUAAUUUGCUCUGUCAGGUUGCUCCACGCUCAAGUGAUGGCUCUUAAAGUUUUUCUCUACUUACCACAUUUAACAGAGAUUCAAAGUGCUUCUUGCUACACGGCUCCGCCUGCAGAAUUCUUCCCCAGAAUAUAUCUGAAGGUUCAGCAUUGUAAGAAACUGGAUCAGGCAAUUGUGAAAUAAGAGGACAAAGCUGGGGCAGGUAGAGAACAUCCAGCUUUGGAGGUGUAGAACAGUUUGGAAAAGCAGCUUCUGUGGAGGACAGUGCCGCCUUCAGAAACUGUUUCUGCCACCUGUCCUGUUUCUCUGCCUUUGGAUUACCAACACCUUGUUAAAAGCCUCACUUAACAUUGGAUUACUCAGCGUUCAUUCUUACACACACUGGUCUGGCUUCUGUCCAUGUCACACCAUCCAAAGGCCUAGUGAAAGGAAGCAACCAGAUCUUUUUAAAGUUUCCAGUGGUCUAUCUAUGUAGUGUUUUAAAUUAUAUUGUUAUUUUAAAGGCACACAUGAAUACUCACUUUCUCAGGUAGCUUUCCUGAGAUUACCACGUAAAAAGCAUCUUCCAUGCUCCUAUUAUAAAGUCAUAGCGGUAGCUAGCUCAAGUAUUUUUGCCUUAUUCUGUGUCUUCCUCUGUUUAUGGAAUACUCUUACAGAUCAACAUUUCUUGAUUUCCAACUUGUGAUAAUAUGUGUUAUGGCAUAUGUUCCUAUGGCAUAUGAGCAUUUAGCCCUCAGCCUACCCACCCCAUAGCUCUUCCCAGCUUUUGAUGACAUUCACGUUACUAGGUAAAUGUUAGUCUGCAUGAGCCGUGGUGUUCAUGGUUGUGGGUUCAAGUCUCCCCUUUGCUUCACAUGUUUACCUCAUUUGGCCAUUUUUCAUUGAUAUGUCACAAAUUCAUCCUCUAUAUCCAGUGGCACUGUAGACAGUCUCUGUGAGUGAUGUGCUCUUUGACCCUUUUCCUGAAACUUCUUAAAACGUUUAGGUUAGGUGCCAAGUUUGGUUGGUGGGGCUGCCAUCAUGGAGUAUCAGAUGGGCGAUGCAGUACGCAGGAGUUCUAUUUCUCAUAGUCCGGAUGCUGGGGAAAAUGGAGGAGUCGGCAAGAAUUGUUUCCAUUGGUCACUGGCUUACUGCAUCCCUCCCUCCCUCCCUCCCUCCCUCCCUCCCUCCCUCCCUCCCUCCCUCUAUCCUUCCCUCAGGCUCAGAUGCGGUGAGGCUGAGAUGCUGUGUAGUUCUCUCCUAAAGAUGUCAGUCAUUAGACCAGGGCUCACCUUAGAGACCUGAUUUUAAUGUUAUUUGCCUCUUUAAAGUCUUGGUCUCCAAAUGCAGUGGUGUUUCAGAUGCUGGAGCUUAGAGCUUUAACAUAGGAUCUGAGGAAACAACUGAGUCCAGAGGAAGCGCACUGCCGAUUCCUUACACCUGGGACAGCUCCUGACCUGGCUCUUUCCUCUUGUCUUGUUUUCAAACCCUCUUUAAGGCUCCUGGUUCCCAGGGUACGACUUUGAUGACUGUAAUUUCCCGUUUGGUCAGUUAUGUCUUCUCAGGGCUGGGUGGGAUGUAAAGGGUCACAGAAAUGCAUCCGUUUGUCUCUGCUCCUGUACUGCAGUGUCAGGCAGGCACUCCCAGUCCUGCUGUUUGCGACCUCACUGCUGGUUGUUGAAAUCUUUUCUGAUCUAGAAUAUUUUUCUGUGCCCUGUAAAUGUUUCUCUUGAAGUUUUAGAGUCUUCUAUAUCUCAGAUGUCAUCAUUUCUAUCCACAAUGAUACAUACCAAGUGAAUCCUUUCAAUCUGGUAAAUUGCAAGAAAAAAAUUUUUUUGAAUAUUUAUUUAUGCUCAUUGGUGUUCUGCCUGUGUGUAUGUCUGUGUGAGGUUGUCGAAUCCUCUGGAGCUGGAGUUACAGACAGUUGUGAGUGGCCGUGUGGAUGCUGGGAUUCUAACCCAGGUCCUGGAACAGCACUAAGCCACUAAGCCAUCUUAUUUAAUGCUAUUUACUAGCAUUAAUCCCUAAUUCUAAGGCAACUUCUAGUUGGAUGUUAGAUUUCUUUCCUGAGACCUCUGACUUAAUUAUGUUUUUAUUUAACCUUUUCAUGUAAUUUCUUUUUUUAGUAUUUUUCUGAUACACUGGGCUAUAGGGGUGCUGCGAUUGAACCUAGGACCUCGUGCAUGCUAGACAUGUACUCUGUUGUUGAGUUAUACCUCCAGUCCCCUUCUGAUCUAUAUAUUUAUAUGAUUUAUAUAAACAUAAUAAAAAUAUAAAGAUUUUCUGAUAUAUAAAUAUAUUAUCUAUAUGCUUAAAAAAAGCAGACACAGGAUCUCAGCAUGUUGCCCAUGCUGGCCUUGAACUCCAAGACUCAAGCAAUCCUCCUGCCCUAGUUCUCCUGAGUAGGGGGGACUCCAGGUACAGGUUCCCGUGCCAAGCUCUAAAUUUUAAUUUCUAAAAGUUAAUGCCUUAAAAAAAAAAGAAAAAAACAACCCUACAUUUUAAUCUAGACUGUUACAUCUUUAGUACACUCACAUUAGGAGGGAUCACACAUGGGAUCCUAAUCAAACGUCCUUUCUAGUACCACCAAUAGUUGAUCACACAUGGAAUCCUAAUCAAACGUCCUUUCUAGUACCACUAAUAGUUGAUCACCCAUGGGAUCCUAAUCAAACAUCCUUUCUAGUACCACUAAUAGUUGCCCAGAAUUGUGUCCUGAAAACAAGUGCUUAUGUGUCCCUUUCCUCUUGGAAGUGUCAAAUGGCUUAUGGCAUUGGGGUUCCAUGUUCCUCUCCCUGCCAAGGCUUUUUGUAUCUGUCCGCAAGCUGACUUUUCAAGUCCUUCAUUGUGUAUUGUAGACCCCUUUAUCUGAAUGCUAGCCAUUUUGUGGUUAUACUAGGCCAUACACUUUGUCUUGUCUUUAAAGUUGUUUGGGUGUGAUCUGUCCUGUGGUCUCCGAGCUAGCCACAUCAGCUGUAUGAACCACUCUCUAGUCUUUUCCCCCAACCCUGCCCCCAAUGAUCUCUUUCUACACACUGUACCUUGUGUCAUUAUUUAUGUAUCAUGCUACUCCAGAUUCUGUGCCACCAUGUCAGAGUCCUUGAACCCAUCCUGUAUGACAGUUCUUUUUCCAAGGGAGGUUAUACCCUCUUUUGCCUUCCCUGUACUCUGGAGGCAGAGAAGGGCAGAUCUUUGAAUUCAAGGGCAGCCUGCUCUACAGAGUGUGUUCCAUCCAGGACAGUCAGAGCUACACAGAAGAAACCCUGUCUUGAAAAACAAAACCAAAGAUUCCUAAGCCAGUUAAGACACUUGACUCUGGACCUACAUGGUACAUCUAGUUCCACACCAGGUCUUUUUUUAUGACCCCACUUUCAAUAAGGGGGAAUGGUACACAAUAGGCCAUGGGAUCAGGCUUACUUGUCCUGUUGUGGAUUACUUGCAUAGUGUCAUUUAAAGAGCCUUCCAGAGAAAGUCUGGACUAGGAAUACCAUGCCAGGUUACCUGCUCUCUUCUUGGCUUCCUAAAGCUGCCCAACACAUUAUAUCACAUGGCUUUGUUCCCUACUUCAGACCUUUUCCUCACCACUCGUAUAUGUACCCCAAAGAAAAUACCAGUGACCUAAAUUCUUGCCUCGGGGUCUGCCUUCUAGAAGAUCUCAGGUGUUUAUAGAUCCCGCAGUCAUGAACUCUUAAAUUGUUUAACACAUGAUUGAUAGAUACACCUGGUCUCUUCUACUGACGACUUACUACAAAUACUUGAGUCAUUUGAGAACACCAAUAUCAGUUACAUUGAAGGUAACAAUUUAUCAAUAACUUUUUGUUCAGGCUUAUAUUUGCAUGGCAUGGGGAUUAAGAUUAUAUUCAAUUUAAGGCGGUGGUGGCGCACGCCUUUAAUCCCAGCACUCGGGAGGCAGAGGCAGGAGGAUCUCUUUGAGUUCGAGGCCAGCCUGGUCUAGUUCCAGGACAGGCACCAAAAACUACAGAGAAACCCUUUCUCGAAAAAAAAAAAAAAAAAAAAGAAAAGUCGUGAGGAGUUUACGCAAGUUCAUCUCACAGUAUAACACUCUGCCAAGCCUUUUGAACCAUCUUGUGCAUGCUAUAUAAUGGUUUCUCGCAUCUGAAGGAAGCCGGGUCAUAGCUCUGAGAUGACUUUAAAAAGAAAACUAAAAUGCAUCUCUUUCUAUAUACACUUCAGUGCUCCCAACAAAGGAAAAUCCAGCAGCCCCAAACUCCAUCCUCCCAGUUCCUAGUUUCCUCCCAUCCACCCAGCCCCUGGCAACUGCUUAUCUAGUUUCUUUAUCUUUUCUAAAAUGCUGUGCAGUUGGAAUUAGUGUGUAGACCUCUGGGUAGGGUUUCUUUCAUUUAGAUGUUGCUUUCGAGGUUGUGCUACAGAAUGGAUUGGCUGGUCACUCUUGCUAAGUUAUUCCAUUGUAUAGUUGUCUUGCGCAUUGCUUAUUCACUGACCAACUAAAAGAUACUUAAGGUCUAAUGUUUUUUAUUUUAAACUUGUCAUAAACAUUUUAUGUAUACAAUUUUUGGGGUUUGGUUUUUCGAGACAGGGUUUCUGUGUAGCUUUGGUGCCUGUCCUGGCACGAACUCUUGUAGACCAGGCUGGCAUCGAACUCACAGAGAUCAUCUGCCUCUGCCUCCCCGGUGCUGGGAUUAAAGGCAUGUGCCACCACUGCCCAACUCUGUAUAGGGUUUUAUGUGAACAACUUUUCUUUCCCUUGGAGUGUGAUAGUGGGAUUGCUGCCAUGUAUGUUUAACUUUAUAAUAAACUAAGACUUUCCAAAAACA